ACCCGGGGCUGAAGGUACCGCCAUUCUUGGAGGUUGUCAGUGUCAGUCGCGCGCCAGGUUUUCGUCCGAUUUGAUCGGCAGCACCCGACUCGCAUCGACAUCGCUCCCAAGAAUUGUCGCGCUGCUGUCGCCUCUCGCUUCGGUUCUCUCCACGUCACCCAAAAUCCCCGCUGCAUCUCACAGCUCGGGAUGGUUUCUGUUUGGCCGUCGACUCGCGCUUUGCUGGGCUUGUGUUUCCAAGCUUUGAGCUCUGCCUGGGUGUCGCGUGGGGUCCAAUUGCGGAAAUUCGAGACUCCCCGGCUGGCGGGACUGGCUGGCUGACUGCCCCUCUUCAAGCCAACAAGAGGCGGUGGGGCCCGGUCCCCUCCAUCCCAUUUUCCUCCCCUAGCAGCCCGCUCUUGCCGCCCCGUCCUCUUGCUUUCUCUUCCACACACAAAACCAUGCCUACCUCCAAUUUGGACGAGUAUCGACACGCGAGAACGGGCAGCCUCAACAUUCAACCACCACAGGACGACCCUUCCAAUGGCAUGAUGGGCCCAAUGCCCGCUACUCAGAGAUUCGACGGGCCCAGGAGCCCGCCGAACACAUCCCACGUCCCAUGCAAAUUCUUCCGCCAGGGCGCGUGCCAGGCCGGCAAUGCAUGCCCCUUCAGUCACGAUCUUGGAGCUGCUGCUGAGAAUGUUUGCAAAUACUUUGCCAAAGGCAACUGCAAAUUCGGACCCAAGUGUGCCAACAUCCACGUCCUUCCCGACGGGCGCCGGAUCAACUAUGGCAAGAACGGCGUCACCAUCGGUACGGCGUCUAUCAACUUGGGCAGCCGCGUGAAUCCCUCGACCUAUCACCAGUCAUCCAACAGCGCCCUCACGAACUCGUUCAUGCGCAAUGAAAAUGUGCCUCCAUAUACUGCCACGGCUCCCUACGCAAUCCCCACCGGCGAGCGAUAUAACCACCAGCUGGGCCGCCAGCCAAGCAUGGAGAAUGGUCUCCCUACCAUAGACACCACCUAUUCUUCCAAUCCUGCCUCGGCAUACGGCUCGCCGCGCGACGACGAGGCAAGCCGCUUCGGCUUCGGUCUUUCGCCCGUCAACACGAAGGGGCUCUCCGUCCUCGAUGCCCCGCUUCCCGCCUCCUUCGACAGCAACGGCAUCUCGCAUGCGGCUCGCUACGGCCCCUGGCCAUCCUCGGUCCCCUCGAAGUUCGGUCUCGAAUCGCCGUCGCCGUCACUCAACGCCGCCAAGGACGGCCGCACGUCCGAGACGCUCAAGCUUCUGCACACAUCGGCCUUCGGCAGCAACGACCGCCUGUCCUCCUCGGCCUUUGGCGCAGUCGGGAGCGACUCGAACGGCUUCGCCAUGGGGAGCAGUCCGUCCGGGGGCUCGGCCCACUACGGGACAGGCCUGCUCGGCGGCGAGGAGCACUUCGGCAAGCGGGCCAUGCACAGCAGCUCGCUGCGCUACGCGAAACCGCGGCUGCUCAGCAGCAGCGUCCCCAAGAUCGACCGCGACUGGGAACCAGAGUUCAUGUUCGAGGAGGACUACGUGCCCGGCGCGCUCGCCAACGAGGUGCUUACGCCGGCGGAGAAGGCGCGGAGGGGGUCGACGACCAUGUCGUCGCCGCUGCGCGUCCCCGAGGGCGCGGGCGACAUUUCGGAGCCGGGUUUCAGGACCGCAAGCAGCAGCAGCUUCGCGGCGACGACCAAGUUCGGCAGUCCCGCGAGUGGCGCCAGCCCCAGCCGCUGGGGCCCGCUGUUCCAGCGCCAGAGGGAAGAGGAGGCCCUGGAGUCGGGCAACGGCAGCCUCGGCGGCUCGGGGUCCCGGUCCAUGAAGCACGGCGGACCCGCCUUCAGCCACGUGGGCAGCCCGCUGAGGAACUCGAGCCUGGUCAGCGGCAUCGGCGCAGAGCUGAACGGUGACUCGGGACGGUCCGAGCCCGGAAGCAGGUCGUCCGGCGGCGCGGGCAGCGACUCUAUGUCAGUGCUGACGCAGCAGCUGCAGAAGACCCGGGUGGGCGAUGACGGAGGGCUGGGCGGCUCGAGCCCGCACCUGCAUCCCAGCGCGGCGAGGGGUGGCAGUGCCGGCGGCAACGGGCAGGGUUCCCUGGCGGCCAGCAUCAUCGGCAGGGAACGAGAGCGGGAAAGGGGCCUGGAGCGGCACGUCAGCAGCGGAUCAAUCGGGUCGUCGGUGGCGGGGGGCAGGUUCACGGCGCCGAUAGACGAGGAGGACCCGACGUUUGUGUUCAGCAUGGAGGAGGAGGACGAGGCGCAGAUGAGGGCGAGGAAGCGCGUCUCGGGCGGACACGGACACCUCGGCGGCGGCGCGGGCGGCAUCGGUUCCGGGUGGAGCUACGCGUCGGCCGUGGCGGCGAAGAGCAACGGCGCGGGCGGCGGCGGCGGCGCGGGCGGGAAUGUGCGCGACGGCGGCGCGACGGUCGAGACGCGAUGAGCGAGCGGCAGCAGCAGGAGCAGAAGCAUGCCUUGUUUUCUCGGCUGCAGCGAAUUCGAAAUACACCAACCUCCCGCCCCACACCGAUCAGGCCGUUAUGGAGACGUCAAGGUUUCCAUGAGCCCGGGCUAGUCGGGGUGUUCUUGCCCUCCCAACU